GGGUGGACAGGAACUGCCGGGACGAGGAGCAAGAAGAAGAAGCGGGGGAGGAGGCUGUGGCGAUGGAGAAGGGCGAGGAGGAAGACGAAGAGGAGGACGAACACGAAAGAGGAGGAGAGGAGGACGAGGAGGAGGAGAGGAGGACGAGGAGGAGGAGGGAGGUAGUGGGGAUGGAGAAGGACGAGGAGGACGGCGAAGAAGGAGGAUGGGGAGGAGGAGGACGAAGAAGAAGAGGGUCGUACUGUUUUCUGGCGGGGGGCAGGGACUGGCGGGACGAGGAGCAAGAAGAAAGAAGGGGGGGGGGGAGGAGGCCGUGGCGAUGGAAAAGGGCGAGGAGGAAGAUGAAGAGGAGGACGACGACGAAGGAGGAGGAGGAGGAGGAGGAGGAGGAGGAAGAGGGAGGUAGUGGCGAUAGAGAAGGACGACGAGGACGACGAAGAGGAGGACGACGACGAAGAAGGGGGAGGAGGAGGAGGAGAAGGGCGCGACGAUUGAGGAGGCGGAGGAGAUGGAGGAGGAGGAGGAGGAGGAGGAGGAGGAGGACGACGAAGAAGAAGAGGGCAAGGAGGAGGACAAAGAAGAGGUGGAGGAGGAAGAGGCCACGGCGAAGGAGGAGGAGAAGGGAGGUAGCGGCGAUGGAGAAGAACGAGGAGGAUGACGGCGGAGGAGGAGGAGGAGGAGGAGG